CGCGAGAGGCGCACGGUGACAGAGGCGGCACACGGUCAGGCAUAGCGCGGCGGAGGUUGGAGCAGCCAAGAGCGAAAAUGUGAAGGUGGAAUCCGAGCGAGCAGCAUUUUAUCAUAACUGACGAGUGUUUCACGUUGGAAGGGGAAAAAAAACGCAAACACACCCGACGUUCGCACUCAACAACAACAGGAGCCGUUUGGAUUUUAUUUUCUGUGGAUAUUUGCUUAAUUUCAUCUUUCUGGCUGUGUGCACCUUGUCACAAACUGGGACGGACGGCGAGAAGCAUCACUUGGGUUCCCCGGAGAAUUACACAAAUUGCACGGAGCAAAGUGCAGCGCGGAGAUUUCCUCUUAAUUUAUGGGAUUGUUUUCGACGGAGCCGCUUUGUUUGAGAUAAAAGCUCGUCGGGCGUCAUGAGUUCCAGUGCUUAUCACCAAGGCUCAACAGGUGGUGAACGAAGCACUGGACCGAUACGGUGCCAGCGAUGUCGGGAAACAUGCAAAGGAGAGGUUGUACGCGUGCAAGAGACCCACUUUCACGUCAAGUGUUUCACCUGUACCGUGUGUAACUGUGAUCUGGCUCGAUCCGGGUUCUUCCAGAAGAAGGGCGAGUACAUCUGUACGGCCGACUACCAGCGCCUGUACGGCACGCGCUGCGACCGCUGCGAGAGCUUCAUCACGGGAGAGGUGGUGUCUGCGCUGGGACGCACGUACCACCCGAAGUGCUUCGUCUGCAGCGUGUGCAGUAAACCCUUCCCCAUCGGAGACAGAGUGACGUUCAGCGGCAAGGACUGCGUGUGCCAGCAGUGCUCUCACACACUCGUCAAGCCCAAUGAACCCAUCAAGGUCCACGGGCCCAGCCACUGCGCCGGCUGCGGAGCUGAGAUCAAGCAGGGUCAGUCUCUCCUGGCGCUGGAGAAGCAGUGGCACGUCAGCUGCUUCAGAUGUCGGACCUGCAACAUGGUCCUCACCGGAGAAUACAUCAGCAAGGAUGGAGUGCCGUACUGCGAGGCAGAUUACCACGCCCAGUACGGGGUGAAAUGUGAGACCUGCAGCAGAUACAUCAGUGGACGGGUCCUGGAGGCGGGAGGGAAACACUACCAUCCGACCUGCGCCCGCUGCGCCCGCUGUAACAUGAUGUUCAAAGAGGGAGAGGAAAUGUACCUGACAGGAUGCGAGGUGUGGCACCCGCUAUGCAAGCAGGCGGCGCGGGCCGAGCGGAGACUCAGGCACAGGCGCCUGUCGGAGACCUCCAUCUCCCCACCGGGCUCCUCCAUCGGCUCUCCCAGCAGAGUUAUAUGCGCCAGAGUGGAGAAUGAGAUCCUAAAUUAUAAGGACCUAGCUGCCCUGCCAAAGGUCAAGGCCAUAUAUGAGGUCCAACAGCCAGACCUCAUUUCCUCCUCAUACCAGCCCUACCACAGAUACACCUCUGAUGACAGGCUAGACACUUACAGCUAUGGGGAGUCGCUGGGGACGCUUUCUCCCUACUCUCAGGACUACGACAGCUUGGAUAUGAAGCAGAGGCGCUGCUCCAGUCCAGGUUACAUCGACUCGCCAACGUAUAGUCGUCAAGGCAUGUCCCCCAUCAUGCCUCGCUCUCCGCAGCACUACGGCUACCCUGCCUACAGAGAGGAAAACACAGGCUCUGAGAGCGGCAGGAGUUCUCCUUAUUACGGCCAAGAGGGGCGUUCGAGCACACCCACCACCAACCAGCCCCCUAGGCAUUUUCACGUGCCAGCCACAGGGGACCCUUACAUCUACAGGAAGCCUCCCAUCUAUAAGCGAACCGCCACCAAAAGCAGGACCAGCGAGGACAUCCUGCGGUCCUCCAGGCUGUCCACCUACUCUCCUGAACCCUACUCCCAGUCAGAGUCGGACUACUGCCCGUACACCAGCUCCCCCAAGGCAUAUUGGGCACCAAGAAGACGCUUCUCGACAGGGGGAGAUGAAGAGAGUUGGAGUCACAGCCUUCAAAGAAUCGGGAGUGGCAUCGGGAGGCUCAUCCUAAAGGAGGAGAUGAAAGCCCGAUCCGGUUCCUAUGACAACGACCCCUGGGGCAGUGCGAGGAAUUCUCGUAGUGGGAGCAAGGAAACACUAAACACCACGGGCUACGGCACCACGGUGUACAACAACACCGUCAACGGCUCUCCUCGGUCUCAGUACAGCACAGAUAGUGAUUUUGUAUGCAAGUCUGCCUCACUACCAGGAUACGGGCGUAACGGCAUGCAGCGGCCUCAGAGUGCAGACUGCUACCAGUACCAGUACGACAGCGCCAACGAGGUGAACUGGGGGAGCAGAGCUGAAUACAAGACUUACCCAUACGAAGCGCUCAUUGUCACCACCAGAGGGCGCAACAGACUGCCCAAAGAUGUGGACAGAGCCAGACUGGAGCGCCACCUCUCCCCUGAGGAGUUCGUCCAGGUGUUUGGUAUGACCAUGGAGGAUUUUGACCGGCUGGCUCUGUGGAAAAGAAAUGAGCUGAAGAAACAAGCUAGACUCUUUUAGCCAAGUAUGAACAUCCAGUGAAUACUGCCAUAAGUUGAGCCUCGGACUCGACCCACUGUAGGAAGGAAGACAAAGACAAAGACUCCAGUUCAACUGCCAUGGCUGAGAACCUGUUCUAGAUCUCCUCGGAGGAAGUACCAAACUCUGGUCGCUCCGGCGUGGACCCGUGGGAUAUCCAGGGAGGACGACGCAGACAUCAUGCAAAGAUGGACUGAUGCACUGUUAGAUGAUUGAUAGCUGUGUGCUGGAGUGGAGUGUGAGCAAUACAGACUGUAGUACAGUAGCUGUGUGUUUCUUAGACCUAAAGGAUGAAGGAAGACAUGAUGGCCCCUAGAAAGCCACGCGCGUGUGUGUGUGUGUGUGCGUGUGAUGUGUGUGUGUGCGUCUGGAGCUACAGUACGAAAACAUGUUGAGGAGAAUUAUGGCUUUGCCUUAUUUGCUAUGCUCUCUUAGAUAUGAGUGCGCAGCACCAGCAACCUGAGUGAGUAGAAUGUAGAUACAGUAUCAUUUAUGACACUUUACGAGUGUGAGCGCUUAGUUGAAAAGAAUGAGUGUGUGAUCAUACACAAUUACUUUGCUUUGGUUUGUUUACCUGUUCCCCCACGUUUUCACUCAAUACCGUUGCCCUCACACUAAUUGAUAGAGAAAGGAACACGAAGGAAGUUCCGCGUGAGCUGCACUGAUCUGUGGCAGCGUGAGCACCAACGUGGGGAUGCGUUUCUGCAUAUUAGCCGAUCACUUCCAUGGAACAGACCAUACAGCUGUAAUGAAACCCACAGUAAGAAUGUGCAAAGAGAGGAAACUGGCGGUCAACGUUUUCCAGUUCAUUGCAACUCACUGGUGACUUAAUGUUUCAGGAUGAGAUCCAUAGUCAUCCAUACAUUUACAUUCGCUAUCACUGAUUUUUUUUUUAGAACAAUGAAACAAUUAUUUUGUAGCUACAGAGAUUAUAUUUGCUUCACACUAAAACACAUUUACAAAGAUCCAGGGUUGUCAAGAAGUUUACUUCCUUUGAAUACUGUUUUCAUUUUGUCACUAAAGAUUAAAAUUCAAAUCCAAAUCAGA